AUGUUGCCUUUCAAAAGAACUUAUGAAUCUACCAUGGAUCCUGAAGAUAUCCGUAAUAUCGAAGAAAUGGGAUCCAAUCAACUUUUUUGUUCGCAACAGGUUCAACCACGUGAUUUUUUACAGUUUCAACAACAAAUUUUCUUUAAUUCUCACUUAUAUGUUCAAGAUGAUUUAUCUGCAAUGAAUGAUUUCGAAUUGUAUUCUCAAAUUCAGCCUCCAACAUCAAUAUCUGUUAAUAUAUUGAAUCCAUCUUCAUCUACAGCAAGUAUUGACGAUAAAUCAUCUUUAACGUCUGAAGAAUUUCAACGUCUCAAGAAAAUCGUCGAUAUAUUUAUGAAUUCAAAUAAUUCUAAAAAUACUACCAACAAGAAUUCAAAUUCUAUUAUCCUCAAUUUGCCAAUUUGUGUUGAUGAACAAACUGAUAUAAAAUCAAUAUCUUCUCCUUUAAAUUCUUUAAUUAAUCCCACUUAUCCAAAUUAUUAUUAUUUAGUUGAUUUGAUUUUAAAAGUUAGUAACAUUAUGAACAUUAAGAUUAGUUCUCCAAACUCAACUUUUUUAA